UUACUUAUCCGCCCAAUCUUUUAAACUCCGGCGGAGAAUGGCGGCGUCGCUGCUAUUACCAUUCGCAUCUCCGACGAAAACAGCUGCUCUUACUCUGACCUACUCGCAUUCGAAAUCAGUCAUCGCCAGUCGCCAUGUCUUCUCAAUCCCUUCGAAAACCAAACAUCUUCCCAAAGUCUCCGGGGACACAAACAAAUAUCGGUUGUUUCCCAUUAAGGCCAUCGAAGAAAGCAAGGAGAGCGUGGAAGAUUCUGUGACCGCAAAGGAAGCGGAGGCAGAGGUGGAGGCUUCGUCGAGUGAGGAAAGCGAGUUGAGCGCCAUAGGAGCGGAGAUAAAGAAGGCGAUAAAGGAGAGAGAAGCGAACAGUGAUAGCCUUGCCGGAGGAGUUGCGGAGGAGAUAAGGGAAAUAGAGUGGCCCGCGUUUGGUAAAGUGUUGGGGACCACCGGCGUUGUCCUUGGUGUUAUUGCCGGUUCCAGUGUCGUUUUACUCACUGUUAAUGCCGUUUUGGCUGAGCUUUCUGAUCGUGUUUUUGCCGGUAAAGGCGUCCAAGAUUUCUUCAGCUGAUUUUUCUUUUUCAAUUGCAGUUUUAAUUGUAAUUUGAUUGUUAAUUCAUAUGUUAAGAGGCUUUUGUUUGAUGACCGUGCUUUGAUUAUGAAUGUUUUUUGUUCAUUA